AUGGGGAAGACAAAACGUGUGAGUGGCGCUCUCAAUGCCUGUGCAUUAGGUUCUCCCACUUGGCUGACAUGGGAAGAAGAGGAGCCCGACCCAGUGGCGAUGGAAUUUGGAGCUGAAUCAGGGAAAACCAUUCAAGAACUGGAGAGACUUAAUAAGGCCAUAGAGGCUGUAAAGAAUGAAGUAGAAGAAAAGCAGAAGAAAUUGUUGCAAUACAAAAAUGUGACACAACCUCAAACACAAUUUCCUAUACUUCAGAUGGAUAGCAAUAGCAAUAUAUCAGCAGGCCUUGAUGACCAAGCUGCUGUCUUAAAAAGAAGUGCAUUGACAACAGCUGCUAUUGGUUCAUUAAAAAGCGGUUGUGUCCCACACGAGAAGUAUGUGGUUGAUCGGCGUUGCCCUGCCACUGAUCUGGAGUAUGACCCACUGCUCAAUUAUUCUGCAGGCAUUUUUGGAUCUGCCGCAAAAGAAAAUGGAAAGUCUAAAUCAAAACGUCUGAAAUGUGAUGAGGAUUUUGAAAAUGCCACACCCAAGAAAUCUAGGGCUGCAUCUCCAAUUAGGUUAGAGAUAAAACUCCAAGAAUCUGAUGAAGAUGAUGUGCUUAUUAUUGAUGCCCCACCUCUACCAGCAGUAGCCAAGAAACAACGGGCAAAAAAGUUUUGUCCAAAUGAAACCAAGUCUGUACACAUAGUUGAUGAAAUAACAGAAGCUGUAGAUAUUGCAGACACUCUGAACAAUGCUGUGGGUAAGAUGGAAUGUGUUUCCAGUUUAGAAAACAAAGUGGAGGUAUGUGAAAAGUCUGAAUUGGAGUCCAAUUCUGAAGCCAUAUCUCCAAAAGAGUCCCUUACAGCCACUACUGAUUUUGAUGAGAACCAAACAUUUAAUUGUAAAAGUGAAACCUUUAUCACAACAGAGUUGGUGACAAAUAUAAAGAGUUCCUUUUCACCUGAGCAAAAUGAAGGGCAAAGUGAAAAACAUUAUUGUCCUUUAAAUUAUGACCAAACUGUUGUGAAUUAUGACCACAUUCCAUUUUCAGAUCCUGUUAUAAUCCCAAAAUAUGAUAUUGAUUUGAAAGAUUUAUUGGUGCCUGAAAAGAUGUUGAAUGACAGCAGUACCUAUGUUAGCGGAGAAGAGAUCUUAGAGGGAAAUAACUGUGCCAUAACAUCACAAACAUUUGCUUUAAAUAAGUGUGAAACUACAACUGAAUUGAUGACUCCUUCCACAAAGUGUGAAUCUCCGUGUCAAACUGCAUCUCUUGAAAAAGUAAACAAUGUUAUUGUCUUAAAUUCAUCUGAGGAAGAAGCCUCAGAGGACGACUCUGAUUUUUCUGACUCUGAUGACCCAAUGGAAGAAUGCCUGAGAAUUUUCAAUGAAUUUGCAGAAACAAACAAGGAAGCAAAUCAGGUUUUCCAGGAUCAGUCUAAACUAGACAUGCCAGAAACAAAGGGAAGUGAUGUUCUACCUGGACAGAAGAAAAGAAUUGCACAUCCAUCAUCUGCAAAAUGUGAAGUAAAAUCAAGUGGAAAAAUACUUGUUCCUUAUCGAGGACCUGCUCCACCACAAAUACCUCAUACCAGAAUACUGCAUGUCCAGCAACAAGCUGUGCAAAUAACAUCUGAUGUUAAAAGUGGUCAGGCCUUUGUAGCUUCAGCACAGAAAAAAGUAACUGGAUGCUUGUCACCUGCCUAUCAUAAUUUUGGACAAAUGGUUUAUGUUAAUUUGGUGGAACUUCAACCAGUUGUGCCAUGCAGAAACUCGCUUGGUGGAUUUUUUCAAGGGGGUGCAAUUGCCACAACAUUCAGAUCCAAUGUCCCUCAAAAAAGGACCCUUCAGACAACACCAAUGAAGAUACCUACUCGCAGAAAGCCUUCAGCUGUACAGGAGACUAGUUCUAAAGUGCCACAUGAAACAAGGCAACGCUAUGUUAACUCAUUUGUUGAAGAGUUCUUAAAAGAAUCUGCAACUGUUAAGGAAGCUUUUGAUAAGGCCGUGAAUGAAGAAAAGUCCAUAUAUGAGCGUUGUGGCAGUAAAAAUAUGUAUCUUAACAUAGCUGUUAACAGUCUUAAAAAGCUACGGGAUCAGAGAAAUUUUCCAAAUGGCUCCCAUCAGUCAGGGAGCAGAGAGAAUGCACCUGGAUCAAAGAAACAAGGAGACAGACCUGAGCUAACAGGUGUAAAUCUUUACAAUCUAUUGAAAGAAUAUCUACUGUCUGAUGAGCAACUGCAAGAGAAUGGGUUUCCUCUGCUAAAUCUUGAGAAGCCUGGUAGUGCUAUAUUGCCUAAUGGAGGGACAAAGCCAAUUGGGAGUGAUGCUUUAAGAAGAGUUUGUUGUCGUUGUGGAAAAAUCUAUUCUGUGACUUUACAAGGAAAGCACACUCGCAAGGAAGAAUGCAACUACCACUCUGGAAAAGUUCUGAGACAUAGAGUUCCUGGUGGUAUCGAAACACGCUACAGUUGUUGUGAUGCAGUAGUGGGUACUCCCGGAUGUCAAAUGGCAAAGGUUCAUGUACAUGAUGGUCAAAAAGAAAAUCUGGAUGGCUUUAUAAAGACUUUUGUAAAACUGCAGCCUUCCGAUGGUAAUCCUGGUGUGUAUGCUCUGGAUUGUGAAAUGUGCUAUACUACACAUGGCUUGGAACUAACAAGAGUCACCGUUGUUGAUCCCAGCUUGCAAGUUGUUUAUGAUACAUUUGUUAAACCUGAUAAUGAAAUCUUGGACUACAACACUAGAUUUUCUGGUGUUACUGAAGAAAACCUGGAAAAUGUCACAACAUCAAUUCGAGAUGUACAGGCCAUUAUGCUCAACUUGUUCAGCGCAGAUACAAUUUUAAUUGGACAUAGUUUGGAAAAUGACCUCAUAGCUCUAAAGCUUAUUCAUGACACAAUUGUUGAUACCUCAAUAGUAUUUCCUCAUCGCUUAGGUUUGCCACAUAAAAAAGCACUCCGUAAUUUAAUGGCUGACUUCCUUAGACGGAUCAUUCAGGAUAAUGUUGGUGGCCAUGAUUCUAGUGAAGAUGCUACAGCCUGUAUGGAGCUGAUGCUGUGGAAGGUGAAAGAAGAUACUAAGGGACGAAGAUAAAUUUAAUGCCUAUGCUUUGUGACCCACAAAGAACAUAAUGAUACUUGCAAUGAAUUGUAUAUGUAUUUAUAUAACUAUUGCACUACUGUUUUCUAUUCUUUUGU